AUGCAGAGUAGCUCAUUCAGCCACAUGAGAGCGGAGGCCCUCUCCAAGUGUGAGAGACCUCAAACAGCAGGAAGCAGGGAGGACAGAGCCAGAUACUCUUCCUCUUCUUCAUGGUCAGCGUUCACUGAUCCCAGCAGUGACAAGGAACAUUUUCACUUACCCCACUGUCACAGGAGGCUCUUUUCCACGGCCAGUGAAAGCAGGAGGUCCAAGAUCUGCAGCUCCAGUGGGGAUGACAGUAGUCUCGACCUCAACAGCACUGGCUCCCUGAAAAGCUCCCCGAAAAGCUCCACAAAAAGCUCAGUCAAGAGCAACAGCUCCGACGACGUCUUUCGACCGCACCACUUAAAGUCCAAGUCAAAAAGGACCGGCAUUCCAGAAACACUCUUUUUGCAUCCCGGCAUCCGGUUCUCCUCUCAGAAAGAGGUUGAGAGGACGAGGAGCUGUUCCUCUGCCUCCAAGCUCAGCCUGACCUCCAGCCAGGGCUUGUCUGCCACGUGCAAGCGGCUGGAGCAAAAAAUCAAGGCCAAGCUCAAGUUCUCCGAGUUCCUGGACGAAGUGACCUACAGCGUGCUGGACCCUGUGAGCCUGAAGGCAUUUGGAGUGCUAAAACAAAAGGCACCUGUUCUUCACACCACAUCACUACCUUGCUGCAAAGCUUUGGAAGCACUUGGAAGUAUGAGGAAAUCUUCAGAGCCCAGGAACCCAGUGGAGCUGGUUGGGAAGGCUUACCUGGAGACAGACAUCGACAGCGUGAGGAGCGAGGACACUGCAGAGGCUGAGAAAGAGCACGGGGCGCCACAGGAGAGGAGAGGCAGCUGGAGCAACCAAGAAACCAGAGCACAAGCUGACAGAAUGAGGUCCCCCAGCCCUGCAUUCGAAAGGAGCAAGAGAAUUCCAAAAAACAAGUCUGCUUCUUUACCAAGAUGUGUGACCAUGGCCUCUCACUGCGAGAUGCAUAAAAUAAGUUCCCUUCAGGAGCAGAAGGAGGACCUGCGGAAGCGCCUGUCCUACACCACCCACAAGCUGGAGCUCCUGGAGUCUGAGUGCGACGCCACCCGGCAGUAUCUGGAGACCGAGCUGCGGCGGGCGCAGGAGGAGCUGGAGAAACUCACAGAGAAGCUUCACCGGAUCCAGAACAGCUAUUCGACCUUACAGAGGAUUAAUCAGGAUCUGGAAGAACAAAUCCACCGGACGUCACAGCGAGACGAUGAUGACAAGAGAGCUCUGAGUCACGAGAUCAUUGUUCUGAAUAAUCACCUUAUGGAAGCCAAGAUAACCAUCGAUAAACUCCGGGAGGAUAAUGACCUCUACAGGAAAGACUGCAAUGUGGCUGCUCAGCUGCUUCAGUGUAGCAAAUCCCAUUUCAGAAGCCACAAACUCUCAGAGUUACCGAGUGAAUUUCAGGAGCGAGUGAGCACCCACAUGGAGAAGCAUGGCUGUGGCAUCUCAUUGCCUCUCUAUAACUCUCCCUACUCUGACAGUGUUCCUAUUUCUGUUAUCGCCAAGCUCCUGGAAAAGCCAGCACCCAACAGCAUGCCUGGUUCACACACUUCCAGCCCACAGUCCAGGGAGGGGAACUUUGCACACAACAACAUGGGGAGCGCAGAGAAGCUGAACCGGAGAAGCGCGUACAAGUCAGACCUGUACUGCAGCGACACAGCCCUGUACUGCCCCGACGAGCGGAUGAGGGAGAGGAGGCAGAGUGUGGACCUGCAUGUCAGGGACCCUGAGAGGUUCCGGCCACAGAACUCCACAGACAGCACCACCGAGGAGGACGGCUUCCAGUCGAGCUUCUCACAUGAGCCCUUCAACGAGUUCACCCCCUCCCUGCCUGCCUCCAGCUCCUACUCCAGCUUCAGCGCACAGUCCGACGAGAAGGGCCACGGCGCAAGCAGCACCCUCUCCUCGCCCCACCAAGCCCUUUACAUGGACUGGAGGGAUGAGAACUAUGACAGGAAGAGCAGCUCGUCCUACGAGAAGGACAGCCCCGGCUUCCCCAAGUCCAGGAGUUUCCAGCACAUGGCGCAGGGCCACCAGAACGACUCCUCACCCGUUUACACCAGGACUGUCCCCACAUGCUUCACCGAGCCUUUCCACUCCCCGAGCGUGGCCUCCCCCCACCCCCUCUAUGCUGACAGCAGGAGUCCCGUCCACAUCCCCGAGGAGGACCUGUCUGGACGCUGGAGGCAGCUGAGCGUGGAGGACGUCAACGCAUAUUCUUACAGGAACCCAGGCAGGGUCUCACCCUACAGCUUCUCGGAGCAGCACUUCGCAAUCAGACCGGCUAAGAGCAAGCUGGGCCACCUCUACAGCAGCUUCCAAGAAGGAGAAGAUGUGUAUCAGAGCCGGAUCAUGGACCCUGCCUGCUUCAUGCCAACAAGCCCCAACCUGGAACGCGAAACAGGUCUCCGGUCACAGGAGAAGAUGCAGAUGUACAGACAGAAGGAGGAUGACCAGAAGUCUGAAAGGAGCUUGUUUCACGGGAGCUCAAAGGAUAAAGGCAGCACCAACAGUGUGAAAAAGGAAUAUGUCGACGUGAGCCCAAACAGCUCAGCUGAAUCAUUAAACCAAAGUUCACUGGAGGCUUUGGAUCUCCAGCACUACGCCAUGGAGCACGAGCCCCCUUCCGCUCUGAGACAGAAACCUCCGCACUACCAAAGAUUUGGCACCACAGGACUUUGCAGGAAGGACAGUCUCACAAAGGCACAGCUGUAUGGGACACUGCUGAAUUAAAGCACUGAGUUUCUUAUACAGAGCAAGUGGUUUGAAUCAGUGCUUUAAGCUGCAGAGAACCCAAGAGUUAGGGGAAAUCGUUAAGUGGCAUAAUAUAAUUCCAGAGAUCGUGUAACCUGGAGAAUUGACACCUGCAGAUCUGGAGCUGUUUAAGGGAACCAAGCGCAUGUGGUGAUGGCAGUGUGGUUUGAAAUGACACACACAACACGCACACACCUAACGAAGCACGCUCCCCGUAACCCAGAGGCUGGGGCACUGGCAGCUCUUCACCAUCACUGCUCAGUCUUCAUUUUGAGCAGAUCUCAUUUUCUUCAGAGAUGCUUAAGUCUGUGCGUUCAAAUAAUUUGUGUUUUUUACAGAAGUACUGUUAGGGCUGAACCAGUGCAAUUGAGGGGUAACAGAUACCCCACUGAUGCUGCAGCUGAUGUAACUUUCUGAAGACUGGAUUUCUUCAUUGAGCAUUCCUGGCAUUCCCAGUUCAGCUUUUAUUUUUGAAUGCUCUGUACAGAAAAGGUUUUAUUAGGAGAAACACAAGGGGCGUGUUGGGCAUUGUGAAAGCAAUAACAUCGAUGUUAUAAAAGAAACUAAGGGCACAGUUACAAUGCAAACAAUGGAGCCAGCUUUAAAACAAACGACUGUUACACAAUAUAUUAGGCAUGUGCAGAAGAUUCAGACGUGCCUUCCCUUUAAAAUAAAGCAAAAGGUUAACAACUUAAACACCUUAAAUGAAGGUUCCAUUCAGUCCCAUUCUUUCACAUCCCUAAUAUAUGAUACACUGCCCAUCCACAUUUCGGAAACAGUAGCUGAACAGAGGGAUCUUGUGGGAGUAUUUUAAAUACACACCAGUGCUUCAGUCCAGUAUGAACAACACUGCGGUGGACUUCAUUAACCCCUUCAUUGCUCUUCACUGAGAUUCAUUAGACAGGCACGUUGCUCAUUCCACCCUCUCUGUACAUUCUGUCUUAGCUUCAGUUGGUCAGCACAGCCCGUCAGUUCUGCUCCUGAUUCCAAAUGUUACGACAGGUGGUGUAAAUAAAUGUAUAGUCUUCGGAUUUUAGGCAGGCCAUGAUUAUCUUCGUUCUUUUUUUUUUUUUUGGUGUAUAUUAUUGAGGAUAUCUGCAUGGGUCUUCUCCAGAUACUUGACUGAUGUAGGUACCUGGCUAUGAUGUUGUGUUUUUUUUCUCUCACUGUGCUGUUUUCUGCAAUGCCUCCGUGUAAUACUGCAGAUCAAACCAUGGUUCUCUGACCGGGUCUCCUGUAAAGCCUUUUGUGCAUGACAUCGAUUCACAGUGGAAACGGAGCACGGCCCCUCCCUACACGGGCCUCGCUGUCACUGCUUCCCUGAGAAUCGACGACCCAGCUGUGCAUCACAUGACCUCAUCGAUUCACAGUGGAAACGGAGCACUGUUGCUGCUUCUCCACAAGGCAUCUCAUCAAUCCAUGUCACCUUAAAGAGCACAGGGGUUAGUAGUGGCUUUAUACACUCGAGAGGAGCUGAUGACCCUGCAACGUAAAGAUAGUUUCUCAUAGACAGUGAAAACCUUUUCUUGUGUGUGUGUAUGUGUGGGUGUGAGUGUGUGUGUGGGUGUGGGUGUAUGUGUGGGUGUGAGUGUGUGUGGGUGUGUGUGUGUGUGAGUGUGAGUGUGGGGGUGUGAGUGUGGGGGUGUGAGUGUGUGUGUGUGUGUGUGUGUAUGUGUGGGGGUGUGUGUAUGUGUGGGUGUGA